CUUCUCCCAUGAGCUCCAACAACUCUUCGCACGAGGCCGGGCCGCCGGGCGCGCCGCUCAAGCUCACGUCCGGGCAGCCCGAAUAUGACGACGUCAAUGGCAAGGACAACAUCUCGGUCGGCGAUAUCUUCUCGACACGCAACCCUCGCGACGCAGCCGCGGGCCUCUCGUCCGGGCUCAAGAACAUGGGCAAGGGCCUCAUUGGCGGCGUUGGCGCCUUUGUGGGCAUGCCGAUCGUUGGCGCCAAGGAACAAGGCGUCAUGGGCUUCGCCAAGGGCCUCGCUAUGGGCACGGUCUCGGCGGUCGUGAUGGUCGGUGGCGGCGCCGUCACGGGCGUGACGCAGAUCGCGCGUGGCAUUGCCAACACGCCGAUGGCCAUUAAGAGCUCGAACGAAGACAAGGUCUGGAACUCGGAGACGAACGAAUGGUAUUUGUACAGCCUCGCCGAGGAAGCCGCGGCAGUGCUGACUGACGAGCCCGAGGCCGCGGCGCCGGCGAAGGCGGUCAAGGAGACUGAGCUCUACGACCAGCUCGGCGUGGCCACGAACGCGACGGACGUCGAGAUCAAGAAGGCGUACCGGAAGCUCGCCAUGCAGUUGCACCCGGACAAGAACCUUAACGACCCGACGGCGUCGGAGAAGUUUCAGAAGCUCGGUGCUGCGUACCAAGUGCUCUCGGACCCGACGUCGCGUGCCAACUAUGACGAGCACGGCAAGGACGGCGUCGACACGCAGCUCUUUAUGGACAACAGCCAGAUUUACGAGAUGAUUUUCGGCAGCCAAGCGUUUGAAAACUUCGUCGGCGAGCUCAACCUCAUGACGCUCCAGUCGCAGUUUGGCAAGAUGAACGAGAACGACGCGGCCGAGAUUGAGCCCGAACACCUCUUUGGCCAAACCGAUCUGAUCAAGCUCAAGCAGAAGAAGCGCGAGGUGCAGUGCGCCGUAUACCUCGCCUCGCUUCUCGACCAGUACCUCCAAGACGCGUCCGAGGGCCACAUUAGCUUUCGCACGUCGAUCACGGCGACGGCGUCGGAGCUCGCGUCGACGGCCUUUGGCGGCACACUGAUUGGCGUCGUCGGCUACGUCUAUGAAGAGCAGGCGCUCAAGCACCUCGGCUUCAAGAAGAGCAUCGCGGCCGGCCUCGGCUUUAAGAACGUGGCCAAGUCGGCGCACGUACUCGCGACCAAGUACCGCGUCGUUUCGUCGGCGGUCAACGCCUACUCGGUCGCUCGGAAGGCGGGCCAAGAGAUGGACAAGGCCGAGAAGGCCGAGGCCAAGAAGAAGCUCGAGACGCCAACGAAAGCGCCGACCGAGCCGGCGACGUCGGACGACGACUUGGAGAAGGAGAAGGUUAAGCGCAUGGAAGAGAUGUCGCGCAAGCUGCAGCAAGAAACGUUUGGGAGCGUUCUCGAGAUUGCUUGGAACUACACGGUCGUCGACGUCGAGUCGACGCUGCGCAACAUUUGCUUCAAGCUUCUCAAGGAUUCGGGCGUCUCGGCGAAGGAUCGCGUCAAGCGUGCCGAGGGCCUCCUCAUCAUGGGCGAGAUCUUUAUGGCGAGCAGCCAGACGUCGGAAGCUGGCCUCAAGGAAAUCAUGGAGAAGCUCAACCUUGCAGGUGGCGACAUGGACCCCGAGACCGAGACCAAGCCCGCACCGUAAGGUCAAGACGGGACAGACCGCCAUAUCUAAUGCCUUUAUAUACUUUCUGCUGCGAUGUAUAAAUGUAGUGGCCAGUUCUGUG